UCAUGAAACGAAGAGCAUAUGCUCCCAAAUUCGAGUAACUAUAAACAUUUUACACGCCAGCCUAAAAGCCUUCUUCUCCUUCCACCUCAUUCUCUCUCUCUCUCUCUCUUCUAUGUCAAAUGGCUUCUUCAACCUCCGGCAGUUCAAUUCCCGCACCUGAGGCCGUACAAGUUCUAGUUUCAUCGCUUGCAGAUGAAUCUUCCGUGGUUCGAGAAGCUUCCAUGGCUUCUCUCAAAGACAUUUCCGCACUGAACCCUCUUUUGGUGCUUGAUUGUUGUGCUGCUGUUUCACGUGGUGGUCGCCGGAGAUUUGGCAAUAUGGCUGGGUUAUUCCAAGUGAUGGCAUUUGGUGUUAGAGCUCUUAAUAAAGGAAAUGCUGAUCAUACAUUUAUGUCCAAGCUCGCGAAGAUUGCCACUUCUGAAAUGAUCUCAUCUAAGGAACUCAAUGCUGAUUGGCAGAGAGCUGCUUCAGGGUUGCUUGUUUCUAUAGGUUCGCAUUUCCCUGAUCUGAUGAUGGAGGAAAUAUUUGUUCAUCUAACUGGAGCUAGUUCAGCAUUACCAGCUAUGGUUCAGAUACUUGCUGAUUUUGCCUCUGCUGAUGCUUUGCAGUUCGCACCACGCUUGAAAGAGGUACUUUCACGAGUUCUUCCCAUUCUUGGAAGUGUAAGGGACGUUCAUAGGUCAAUCUUUGCUAAUGCCUUCAAGUGCUGGUGUCAGGCUACGUCGCUAUACAGUACUGAGUUCCCUUCUCAUGUGCUUGAUGCAGAUGUCAUGUCAUUUUUGAAUUCUGCGUUUGAACUUUUCUUAAGAGUUUGGGCGUCUUCGAGGGACUUAAAGGUACGAAUGUCCACUGUGGAAGCUCUGGGUCAGAUGGUUGGUCUAAGUACGAGGCUACAACUGAAAACAGCCUUACCUCGACUUAUUCCAACUAUGUUGGAGCUGUACAAAAAUAAUCAAGAUAUUGCUUAUGUUGCUACAUGUAGUCUCCAUCAUGUCCUAAAUGCCUCUUUAUUAUCGGAGACUGGCCCUCCGUUGCUUGAAUUUGAGGACAUUACUGUUGUCCUAUCCACGCUUCUUCCAGUUGUGCUCAUGCACAACGACGUUAAAGAGCAGCCUAAAUUUUCUGUUGGUUUAAAGACUUACAAUGAAGUUCAACGUUGCUUCCUCACAGUUGGCAUGGUGUACCCCGAAGAUAUUUUUGUGUUUCUUUUAAAUAAAUGCAGAUUAAAGGAAGAAGCUUUAACUUUUGGUGCACUCUGUGUCUUGAAACAUCUAUUACCCAGAUUGUCUGAGGCUUGGCAUAAUAACAGGCCGAUGCUUGUUGACGUUGUAAAUUCGCUGCUUGAUGAACAAAAUCUAGGAGUUAGGAAGGCACUUUCAGAGUUAAUUGUGGUUAUGGCUUCACACUGUUAUUUGAUUGGUUCUUCUGGGGAGCUGUUUGUGGAAUACCUAGUACGCCAUUGUGCUCUGCCAGACCGGGAAGAACAUCAGCUAGAGUCAAGCAGCAGUUUUCAUGCUUUAACUUACAGGAGAUUUGAGGCGAAGGUUGGAAAGGUCAGUGUGGCGGAAUUGAGAUCAGUAUGUGAAAAAGGUUUACUUCUAUUAACGAUUACAAUCCCUGAAAUGGAGCAUGUAUUGUGGCCAUUUUUGUUAAAGAUGAUUGUUCCUCGAGCAUAUACUGGUGCAGUUUCCACGGUUUGUAGAUGCAUUGCAGAAUUGUGUAGGCAUAGAUCUGGUAGUGGAAGUAUGAUGCUGAGUGAGUGUAAAGCUCGAACUGACAUUCCAAGUUCUGAGGAACUCUUUGUCCGAUUGGUUGUACUUUUGCAUGAUCCUCUAGCAAGGGAGCACCGGGCAACUCAUAUUCUUUCUGUGCUUAAUUUCUUGGGACCUCUCUUUCCAAAGAACAUCAGUUUGUUUUGGCAAGACGAGAUUCCAAAAAUGAAGGCAUAUGUCAGUGAUACAGAAGACUUGAAGCAGGAUCCGUCAUGCCGAGAAACGUGGGAUGACAUGAUCAUUAAUUUUCUUGCAGAAUCUCUGGAUGUCGGGCAGGAUGUUGAUUGGGUAAUCGGUCUCGGAGAUGUUUUUGCCAAACAAUAUGAACUGUAUACAUCCGUGGAUGAGCAUUCUGCACUACUUCAUCGGUGCCUUGGCAUGUUGCUUCAGAAAGUUGAUGACAAAGUUUAUGUUCGUGAUAAGAUUGACUUGAUGUAUAAACAGGCUAAUAUAGCAAUUCCUACUAAUAGAAUUGGCUUGGCGAAGGGCAUGGGAUUGGUUGCAGCUUCUCACUUGGAUAUGGUCUUAGAAAAGCUAAAAGAGAUUCUUGAUAAUGUUGGGCAGAGUCUAUUCCAGAGGUUUCUCUCGUUCUUUAUUGAUAAAGCUAGAGUUGAAGAAUCAGAUGAUAUACAUGCUGGUUUGGCUUUAAUGUAUGGAUAUGCUGCAAGAUAUGCUCCUUCGAAUGUUAUUGAGGCACGAAUAGAUGCUCUUGUGGGAACGAAUAUGCUGUCACGCCUUCUCCAUGUUUACCACCCUGUUGCGAAGCAGGCUGUUAUAACAGCUAUCGAUUUACUGGGUAAAGCUGUUAUCCAGGCUGGAGAUAAUGGUGCCCCAUUUCCGCUUAAGAGAAGAGACCAAUUGCUUGACUAUAUUUUGACACUGAUGGGUCAUGAUAAUGAUGAUGAAUUCAUUGACACCAGUGUUGAGAUUCUACGGACUCAGGCUCUUGCUCUAAGUGCUUGCACUACGCUGGUUUCAGUGGAGCCGAAGUUAACCAUGGAAACCAGAAAUUAUAUUAUGAAGGCUGUCCUGGGAUUUUUUGCUUUACCUAGUGAACCAGCAGAGGUCGUCAAUCCCCUCAUAGACAACCUCAUCACACUUUUGUGUACAAUCUUACUUACAAGUGGGGAAGAUGGAAGAAGUAGAACAGAGCAGCUGUUGCAUAUUCUGAGACAAAUUGAUCCAUAUGUUUCCUCAGCGCUAGAACAUCAAAGGACAAGAGGCUGCCAAGCUGCACAUGAGAUGCUUGUUAAGUUCCAUAAGCUGUGCACGAGUGGGUUCUGUCCAUUAGGCUGCCAUGGAAGUUGUGUACACGGCAAGCAUAUUGACCGUAAUCUGCUAGGCAACUUCCAAAACUUUCCAACUGUUUUUGUAUUGCCUAGUCGCGAGGCCUUAUCUCUUGGAGAUAGGGUCAUUGUCUAUCUUCCACGCUGUGCUGAUACUAAUGCUGAAGUCAGAAAAUUCUCAUCGCAGAUUCUCGAUCUCUUCUUCAGCAUAGCCCUUUCACUUCCAAGGCCAACAAAUUCCAAUUUAAAUGCAAAUGUGGAAAUUUAUUAUGGAGCCUUGUCGUCUCUGGAGGAUGUUAUUGCUAUGUUGAAAAGUGAUGCUUCCAUUGAUCCAUCUGAAGUUUUUAACAGGGUGGUUUCAUCUAUUUGCAUAUUACUCACAAAGGAUGAGCUUGUUGCUGUAUUGCAUGGUUGUACAACUGCUAUAUGUGACAAAAUCAAGCAAUCAGCAGAAGGUUGUAUCCAAGCCGUGAUUGAAUUUGUGAUGAAGAGGAAGAGUGAGCUGAAUGAAUCUGAUGUUUCAAGGACAACACAAUCCCUUCUCUCUGCUGUAAGUCACGUGACUGAAAAAUAUUUGCGGCAGGAAACUCUUAGUGCUAUAUGUGCUCUAGCCGAAAAUACUAGUUCAGAAAUUGUUUUCGAUGAAGUCUUGGCUACAGCUGGAAGGGAUAUUGUUACAAAAGACAUAUCUAGACUACGUGGUGGCUGGCCAAUGCAAGAUGCAUUCUGUGCUUUUUCUCAGCACAGUGUACUUUCAAUUUUGUUCUUAGAGCAUGUGAUAUCAGUCCCUACCCACACUCCUGUGAAUAGAAAUAUAGCCGAAAAAGGAGAUGGUUCAAGUCAUGGUGUUAACAAAUUCUGUGAGAAUGAAAUAUUGCAGGCGUCUAUAUUUGCUCUCACAGCCUUCUUCAGGGGUGGUGGAAAAGUUGGAAAGAAGGCUGUUCAACAAAGUUAUGCUUCUGUCCUUGCAGCACUUACUCUGCAACUUGGUAGCUGUCAUGGUCUAGCUAGUUCGGGUCAACCUGAACCUCUACGAGCUCUGUUAAUUGCAUUUCAAGCAUUCUGUGAGUGCGUGGGAGAUCUUGAAAUGGGAAAGAUUUUGGCAAGAGACGGGGAGCAGAGUCAAAUUGAGAAGUGGGUGAAUCUUAUUGGAGAUAUAGCGGGUUGUGUGUCUAUAAAGAGACCAAAGGAGGUUCCUGCGAUCUGUUUAAUUCUAAGCAAGUCCCUAGAUGAACACCAAAAUUUUCAAAGGGAGGCUGCAGCUGCUGCUUUGUCUGAGUUUGUUCGCUAUAGUGACGGAUACGAUUGCUUGUUAGAGCAGAUGGUAGAAGCAUUGUGCCGCCAUGUGUCCGAUGACUUGGCUUCUGUUAGACGGCUUUGUCUUAGAGGACUUGUUCAGAUACCUUCUAUUCAUAUACAUCAGUAUGCAGCUCAAGUGCUUGGCGUGAUACUAGCUUUACUUGAGGAUUCAGAUGAAUCGGUGCAACAAACCGCUGCGUCGAGUCUAAUUAUGGUACUUGACUCAUCACCCGGUGAAUCAGUAGAACCAGUUCUUCUUAACCUUGCUGUACGAGUUCGCAAUCUUCAAGUUAGCAUGAAUACAAAGAUCAGAGCUACAUCUAUUGCAGCUUUUGGAGCACUGAGCAACUUUGCAGAUGGCGCACAGCAUGACGCCUUCUUAGAGCAGGUGCAUGCUGUACUACCGCGUCUGGUUUUGCAUCUUCAUGAUGAUGAUAUCCGCAUUCGUGAGGCUUGCAGGAAAACACUCAAGCAAAUAGCCUCAUUUGUGGACGUGCAAGGAACUUCACCACUUCUUACUACCCAUUAUUUUCUUUCUGAUCAUCGAAGUGACUAUGAAGAUUUUGUAAGGAACUUGACAAGGCAUUUCACUCAACAUUUGGCUUCUAGGAUUGGAAGUUACAUGGCUACAGCUAUUCAGGCAUUUGAUGCUCCUUGGCCAAUUAUUCAGGCGAAUGCCAUGUACUUCUGCAGUAGAAUGCUCUCACAAACAGAUGAUCAACGCAUAUUGGCUCUGUACUACUCACAGGUAUUUGGCAUGCUGGUCAGCAAAUUGAGUCAUUCAACUGAUGCACUUGUCCGAGCGGCAUGCUCUUUGUCAUUGGGAAUCUUACUGAAGUCUAGCUAUUCACAUUCUUGGACAUCAGCUCGCCUUGACCAAGCAGAGUUGAACUGACAAUGCCCUUGAGAAUGUUGUAAUAUCUAAACAUCGGAAUGAGCUUGCAAGAUUUGGACUUUGUGUCUUGGAAUAUAAGCUAUGUUUCAUAGCUGCUCACAUGAGGAAUUAUUGAACUUCUUUUGUUGGUGAAACUAUUGUCUACCUGGCCAGCUAGAACAAAUUGCUCAGACAAGUUGUUCCGUCCUAUAGUCGGCAGAAUGUACAGGAAGUGAUCUCGUACUAACCACUGAGAAAGGUGUACUCAAGCAUGUAAUUUUGUAAAAAGACCAUGUGUACAGUUUUUGGUUAUAGGCAGAGAUUAUGGGAUGUAAAUGUUGCUUGCUGUGUUCAAUUGAAUAUAAAGUCAGAGUAUCACAAACAAAUAUCAGGAGAUUUUGUUGAACCAGUUGUAUUAGUUUCAUCUACCCUUGUACGCUAAUUUCAAGGAAAAUCUUGGGAACUUUUUUUUCUUUGUA